AGAAGGACAGAUGGGGAAGAUGCUGUAAGAUGGCUCUAUUGUGACACUUGUCCAAAAGAGAUUGUUUCGGAGAAGAGAGUUGCUAUAGUUCUUUCACAACUUCAGUUAUAAUCAACCAGCCUGGAAUGGAGCCUGGAAAAUGUAGUCAUGGGCUUUUUCAUUCUUGGUUGUACUCUUCAUCUUGAGUCUUGAGAAAGAGCAGAGUCUUGGUUUAUUUUCCAUCUCACAGCCAAGGCAGACUUGUCUCAUGGAAACUGGAUCCUUGCAGAAUAAAGAUAUAGAAGGUGUUGUUUUGUUUUCUUUGCCAUUUAUCUUGCUGGAGAAGGGGAGGGGAAAGAUUAGAAAUGAGACAGGUAUAUCAUCCCGUGAUUAAAAUAAAUUGUCUAGUAUGUUUUGGGAUGAAUCCCAGUUUUCUUUGGUUUUUAUCCUCGAGGGUGUGAAAUACUAAUCUGAAUUUCAUCAAGUGACUCAUUGAUGCUUCUCAUGCAAUUGGUGCUUUAGCUGAAAUGUCUCAGCAUGAGGAAACAAUCCAAGGCUCUAUGGGCACUCUGGGGGACAGCAGUAAGUUGGGCUGAAGCCUGAGAUACCAGCUGGGGAGAACACUGAUGGCAGUGGAGCACAAGUGGCUGCCUGUCUAUUUCUGAUCCACUGAUCUUGCACUACAGAUUGAUUUUCUGCUUCUGUGUUUUUCCCAAGAUACCCAUGACAUCAGUCAAGCAACUUAUUUUCAUCUGCCUCUUUCCUGGGUGUAUACCAUUGGGUUCAGUUGGGUGCCAAGCAGCAGCACAGAAUCAGAGGUGACAUACUGCCUGGCCAACGCAGGACUCCUUUGACUUCUGGCUUCAGUAGAAGGCAAAGCUAGAAGAAAAGUAGUUUCCCACCAGGAAUUUCCUGUUUGGGUGCUGGGAAGGUUGUUAGGGAUUCCAAUCUUAAUUAGAAUUUUUCUGUUUCAAUGAAGUUCCCUUCCUGAUAAACUCUAGCCCCAUACCAGAUGUGUCAUAACUCUCCCCUACAAUUCUACUCUUUUGAAGCUCCUUGCAAUAACACAGUAUGGACAGGCAGUGCAGAAACCACAUUUGGAUUUUCUAGUGAGGAAACCUAUUUGUCCCAGACUUUUUGUUAUUGCUGUUGUUACUCUUAGUAACAUUGUGUGCAAUAGAAAACAGAUGAUUAAUGGUAUGGCGGGAGGGGGAGGUUUGUUUUUGUUUUUUGUUUUUAGGCAACUGAAACAAGAGCAGCUGCAUCCAGUUAGAAUAAGGGUCCCUAAGAGUGGCUGGCACCGGGAACUCAAGGAAGGACAGAAAAACAGCAAAAAUGUUGUGACGCUUGUCUUGAAUGCCUACCCAGCCUGCAGAACUGGUGACUGUGGAGCACCCUAGAUCGGAGCUGAACAAGCUGGAGGAGGCAGCAAAUGCAGCUCACACCUUCUUCAUGGCAAACCCUGAGCACAUGGAGAUCCAGCAGGACAUCGAGAACUACAAGAGCUCAGUAGGGAAGGUCAGCUUGAUUGACCUGGAGGCCAGGCAGCACAUGGAGGACUACAGUGCUGGAGUAAGGCACUAUGACAAGGAGGAGUAUGAGCUGGCCAUUGAAUUCUUGGAGCGUGCACUGAAAGGGUACUACUCUGAGGAUGAAGAUUGCCAGAUCAUGUGUGAGGGAGCGCAGAGAUUUGAGGAGCAUGAGUACCUGGACUACAAGGCUGGCCUGUACGAAGCUAUUGCAGAUCACUACAUGCAAGUCCUGGCGUGCAAACAUGACUGUGUCCGAGAACUCGCCACACGUUCGGGCCGUAUCUCACCCAUUGAAAAUUUCCUUCCCCUCCAUUACGACUACUUGCAGUUUGCCUAUUACAGAGUUGGUGACUAUGUAAAAGCGCUGGAGUGUGCCAAGUCCUACCUCCUCUUCCAUCCGGAUGAUGAAGAUGUCUUGGAGAACGCAGGUUUUUAUGAGGGCCUCUUGGAAGGUAUGAUGGAUCCAGACACCAUCAAGCCCCGAAAGGAAGCAAAAAUGCUGGUGCAGCGCCAUAAGCUGGAGUCUCACCUUUUGCAGGCGGCUGCAGCCGGACUUGGAUACACCUACACAGAACCGAACUACUGGAACAGAUACGGUGCCCGCCAGGAUGAACACAGUGUACCAUCAAGUAUAAGCAGUGAACCAGAAGAUGGGCCCCGUCUGUCCCUGGCAAAGAAACCCAUGCCAAAACCAGAUCGAGAGUUGAAGGAGGGUGGUCCACUUCUCUACAGCGAUGUGAAGUUUGUCUACAACUCGCAGCAGCUGAACGGCACCCAGCGAGUGCUACUGGAUAACGUCAUCUCGGAGGAGCAGUGCCGAGAGCUUCACAGGGUGGCCAGUGGGAUCAUGUUGGCUGGAGAUGGUUACAGAGGCAAAACCUCCCCCCACACUCCGAAUGAGAGAUUCGAAGGAGCCACUGUCCUCAAAGCCCUCAAGUACGGCUACGAGGGUCGCGUCCCGCUGAAGAGUGCCCGGCUUUUCUACGACAUCAGCGAGAAGGCUCGCAGGAUUGUUGAGUCCUACUUCAUGCUGAACUCCACACUCUACUUCUCCUACACCCAUCUCGUGUGCCGCACUGCCCUGUCCGGCCAGCAGGAAAGGAGGAACGACCUGAGCCAUCCCAUCCAUGCUGACAACUGCCUCUUGGACCCGGAGGCCAAUGAGUGCUGGAAGGAGCCUCCUGCCUACACCUUUCGGGAUUACAGUGCCCUCCUGUAUGUGAACGCAGAUUUUGAAGGAGGCGAGUUCAUUUUCACUGAGAUGGAUGCCAAAACUGUGACGGCUUCCAUCAAGCCCAAGUGCGGGCGAAUGAUCAGCUUCUCGUCAGGCGGUGAGAACCCCCAUGGAGUGAAGGCGGUUACCAAAGGCCAGCGGUGUGCUGUGGCUCUCUGGUUCACCUUGGACCCGCUUUACAGAGAGCUGGAGCGAAUCCAGGCAGAUGAAGUGAUUGCAAUGUUGGACCAGGAACAUCUAGGACCCAGUGAAAUGAACAUCAACCCAAAGGACGAGCUAUGAGCUAGGCCAAAGACUUUUUCUAUUAAAUAUUUAUUUAAUAUUGUUAAUCUUAUUAGAACCCUUCUAUUUUUGUACAAAGCUGCUGUAUAAAUUAACAGGUUAAUAUGAUUGUGGAGUUUGUGUUUAGCACAGCUCUUGCUGGAACCCCCUCAUCUCUGUGACAGCAAUCUCUCUGGGAUUCCCUGUCCUUCCCUAGCACUUUUCAGGAUUUAUUCAGGCCCACUGUACCCUUUUGGAGAGUCUUCUUUUUACUUCCUCAGCCAGAAAUAGCUGCUGCCUCUGCUAGAAAAACGUCUCAGGUAUGAAAAUAGACCAAUCUGCCUGCCCCUGCUAAAUUCUGACUGAAGACCUGGCAGUGCUGCCCCGGAGCAAACUGGAGUACAAGUCAGUUAUUUCCAUUUUGGUGCCUUUCAUCAUUUGAAAUACACUUUUUUAGGGGAAAAAAAGCAAAGUAAAACCCAGGUUCUAGCAAAAUGCAUAUCUCUCUGUAUUCAUGCAAAGUUGGCAUUUGAGCAUUAAUUCUGAGCACAGAGGCAUGAGCUGAGCACAGGCUAGAAGGGGUUUACUUUGCAGCUUACUCUGGUGAAAUAGGUUCUGUCACUCAUGUUCAUUUCCUGCUCUUGCUAAUAGCCUGAGAUGCUUGAAAGCUACUGGUUUUACAUCACAUCUUUUGAGCUUCCAGCCCAGUGCUGCUGCUGGUAAAAGUCAGGGUUAGAAGUCAUUUGCAGGGCCAUGUUGGAAACUAGCUGAAAGGCUCAGAGAUGUUCCAGUGCCAUGGUGUUGGGUGGUCAUGGCAUGGCUUUGCACUCUGGAUAUCCUGGCUGCAUCCUCCCAUUCUGGCAGUGGAAAAACAGAUGUCCAUGGUGUGGUAGCUUCUAUUUCUCAGAGUAUUUCUGACCCAGUCUGAGGGUGUUGCAAUGAAAGCACAUGCUGCUUAUUACCAGAGAUUUACUAUGCCAGUAACUGCUGCUAAGCUAGCAAAUCAUUCCUCUCCCACCAUCAAAUUAACUCCUGUGUGUGGGAUCAGAGCAGCCCCUACCUCAGUCAGAACAAACACUGGAGUCACAGAACUGCUCACAUACCCAGCCAUAGGGACAGCUUUUAUUUUGACCCAAGAGUUUCUGCUGCUGCUAGAAAGCAGUUUCUAAAGGGCAGGUUGUAGCAAUCUUUACUGUUGAAUUUACUCUAAGGCUGCUGUCUCUUUAGAAAGCACUAUAGGGAUCUUGGCAUCCCUGAGCAGCUUUACUCAGCUCCCUGCUGCACUGACACUAUCUUAGUCCUUUUCUUUUCCCCUCUGCCAGCUUUGGCAUUUCCAAGACUUAAAAUCUGCAACAGGGAAUUGUCUUUUCUCUUGUCUCUGGGCAAGACAAAGGCGAACUCAGUGCAUCUGGAAAAACAACUGCCCAUACUGUGAAGUGGGCAACAUUAUUGCCUAGAAAAUAAUGGAAGCGUCAUUUGCUGCAGCUCCUCCAUUGUGGAAUCUGCAGGGGAAAAAGCUCUGAGCAUUUCUGAGCCACCAAGGUAGCUUGUUUCUUGGAGGUUAUCUCCCUUAUUCAUAGACUGUUGAAAAGAUUCAUUGUGUUGUCUCCCCAAAGAACUGCCCACAGGUCUCUGCUUUCAGCGACCCUUCCCUGGUUAAAUGUCUCCUGUGUAAACGCUUAACACCUCCCCACCCCGCUCCCUUUUUAAAAUAGCCAGUGGGAAAACUGGAGGGAAGAAGGGGAGGGCAGCUGGAGAGCUAAAACACCAGUUGUGUUGUCCCCCAUCUGCACCAUGCUACUGCAUCCAAGGCUUGACUCCUACAUGCUGCACCUUCAGCAUGAGUUUGUGCUGCCAUCCCCCUGACAACCAUGUCUGCCAGAGUGUAUCCUGCAGAGCUGCUCCCUCCAAGCAGCUCAGCGCAGACUCUGCUCUCCUGGGGGCUGCAGAGGUCCUACCAGCUAGUUCUCCUGUUGGGAUGUGCUGGAGGGAGGACACUAUUUGCUGCUGUGGUGGUUAGCCAGAGCUGUGUCUAAAUCCAGGG